CCAACAGCUUCAAGUGAUCUAAAAAUGUAAACAAAUUAACCAAGCCUACGGCAUGAUCGACGGUGUCUUUUAAUAUGCUUAUAAUGCCGCAGAAACCACAUUGGUAGGCUACAACAUGAAAUUUGUCAGCACAUUGGGCAAGAUUUGUUUAUUUAUUUAUCUAUUUAGCAGUUUAUUUCCUCAGAUUAAAACACAAUCUGCUUGUAUACCCAUAUGAAAAAUACUAUAGUAUUUACUAUUGUAAAUUGUAGUACUACUGUAUACUGUAGCCUAUAUAGUAUUUACAACAGUUUUCUAAUUAAUGCCACAGCAUAUUGUAGUAUUAACUAUAGUGAACUGAUCAACUGUAAAAAAAAUAGCCUACUGUAGUAGUCUAUACUUUAGUUUUUACUAUAGUAAACUGUAGUGUGUUCAUCAUAUAUAAUAUGCCCUAUAGUUGUAGAAAACUUAGUACAGUAUUGGGUAAAGUAAUUUGUUUCUAUUACUAUAGUUGUUACAUUACCACAACAAGUAGAAUUAGGCCUAACACAACAAAUUAAUUCAAGUACUUCACUAUAGUAAGUUAAAAAACACUGUAAUAUUUUCUAUAAAUUAGCCUACUAUAGUAUUUUUAGGCUGUAUGAUUAGUUCUUGUACAGUUUUUAAACUUUUAACUGAUCCAGAACUUUUCCAAUGUAUCUAAAUUCAACAUGUAUGUUAAACGGUUUUGUGUUGUGUGCAUAAUGAUAUGAAAGUUAGGAAUUAUAGUGUAAUCUUAAUUUAAAUUAAUGCACCUGAGUCACUCAUGAAACUUAAGAUAUAUCUUAUCCCCUUUCUGAUAUAUCUUAUACCCCCCACCCACCCCCACCCCCCGGGCUGAGGUGUGACCGUGACAGCCUAUCAGAGCAGAGAGGGUGUUACAAAACUUGUAUAAAUAGUUCAGGUGAGACAGGUGCACCUGACCAAUCCACCUGUGUUAGACAGAGGCAGCAGAACAGAAGAAGGUAUUUUCUCCCAGAAGAAAAAGGGAGGAAAGCAUGACGUCAUUUGUUCCACAAGCUCUUUCACCGCAGUUCCACAGCAUGGGGCAGGAGCCUCAAGAGUUCAGCCUGUACGGUGACAACUUUUACAGCACUCAGCCUGUGCCUAGUCCACAGCAAACCCUGCCGUCCGCUUACGAUUUCGGAGAGUAUGCCGGACAGACCUCCAACCCUUACCUGUGGUUCAACGGACCCGGGCUCAAUCCAGGUCCCUGUCUCAGCGGAGGGCCUCAACACUACGGGAUGACGAAGCCGUACAUGGCUGCGGGUGGAAUCGGAGGCUCGGACACCAGCAUCAGCUGGUUCUCCCUGCCUUCCCAAGAAGAUCUGAUGAAACUCGUGAGGCCUCCGUACUCUUACUCAGCACUCAUUGCGAUGGCAAUACACGGAGCCCCAAACCGUCGUCUCACUCUUAGCCAGAUCUACCAGUACGUGGCUGACAACUUCCCCUUCUACAACAAGAGCAAAGCCAGCUGGCAGAACUCAAUCCGGCAUAAUCUCUCGCUCAACGACUGCUUCAUGAAAGUGCCCAGAGAUGACACCGAUCCAGGUAAAGGCAACUACUGGACCCUUGACCCAAACUGUGAGAAGAUGUUCGAUAAUGGCAACUUCCGUCGCAAAAGGAAGAGAAAGUCUGACGCUUUGGCCGAAGAGGAGGGAAAAGGUUAUUCUGGAUCAGACUCGGCUCUGUCAAGUCCUAAAGAGCCCAGCGACUCCUCCGAGAGGGGAAACUCUCCAGUCUCCACAGAUCUGACACCCUGUCUCAAAGGCUUCCUAAGUCAAAUGGGUGACGUGGCUUCAGGCUCAAGAGAGGCUCUUCUCCCGUCUUCUCUGGCAUUGCCUUUGAGCCAAAGAUCUUCUCCGACUGGGGCGUAUGGCUCGUAUUCGCCGAGCGCAACCGUGCCGCAAUGGGAAACCCACAUCCCUCCCCCUGUCGCAUCCAACAUUUCCACUUCGCACGCUCCAUACACAGACAGCUACAGUGACUCUAUGCUCAACCAGUACACCAGCCAGCUCUAUCCAGUGCUGGGCUCCUCUGACUUGCUGUAUCCACGUGAGGGAACAGAGGUGUAGCACUGGACACAGAACCAUCAGGUAUGAACUGUGGCCGCAGGCACUUGAGGGAGCGGUCGGCCUGCAUCGCGAGCCAAGUUCCCACCGCAGUGCCUGAUUCAGCAGGUCCGAGUGGAUGCGGAGGAGAUUCCCUCUAUCAGACAGUUGUGUGAAAGCUCUCACACGCUCUUCUCAGACUCACUUGCUGACAUCAUCUAAUUCGUGUUGCAGCUGAAAGACAACAGUAAUCGCCCCGGGCUACUGCUCCCAGUCCCGUUUUUUUGUGUUGUGGUUUUUGUUUUGUUUUUGCAACACAUUUCAAUUCUGUAAAAGUGAAGCUUGGAACAUACAUAAAUGCACUGACUUUUGGCAUGAAUAUGAAUUUGUCCAUUGUUCAAUAUUUUGUAUUUGUAUUGUUUACUUUAUGUAUUUUGUGAUUGUAAUAUAUAUUGUAUUUGCCAAAAUAAACAUGCAUAUUCGAACAUGCAA